UUUCUUCCCUCCGCGUUUCCCCAUCUCGCAUCGCAUCCAUGGCCGACGAAACCCUAGCCGCCGCGCCGCCACUGCCACCCCGCCAGAUCUAGAUUCCCUCCUGCUCGAGCGCCUCCCCAGAUCCAACGCGCACGCACGCACCCAAGGUGCGAUUUCGCCCCAUCCGUUGGUAAUAAUGUUUGCUCCUUGUGUCGAAUGAAUCGGAUGAUGUACCACCUUCGAAAUAGUGCAUUGCUGGAAGCUCUUCUGUAGGAGGAUGGAAUCUGCUGUUCUCCAGACACCACUUAUACAUGGUCUUCCUGAUGAGAUUGCUCUUCUUUGCUUAUCAAGGGUUCCUCGGCAAUGUCAUAAUGUGCUGAGGUGUGUCUCAAGGGGAUGGAGGGCAUUGUUAUGCAGUGAAGAGUGGCACGCUUGCCGCAAAAGGAACAACUUGGAUGAGCCUUGGAUAUAUUUAGUAUGUAGGGGUACAGGAAUCAAAUGCUAUGUUCUUGCUCCUGAUCCUGCAACCCGCUCCUUGAAAGUCUUGCAAGUCAUGGAACCUCCAUGCUCAGGACGGGAAGGCAUUUCCAUCGAGACAUUGGACAAGAGGUUAUUUGUUUUGGGUGGUUGUAGUUGGCUCAAAGAUGGUACUGACGAAGCAUAUUGUUACGACGCAUCUUCAAAUCGCUGGAGCAAAGCAGCCCCGAUGCCUACUGCUAGGUGCUUUUUUGUAACGUCAGCUCUGAACGACAAAAUUUACGUUACUGGUGGGCUUGGUUUGACAGACAAGUCCCCGAACUCAUGGGACAUCUACGACAAAAGCACAAACUCUUGGUUCCCGCACAAGAAUCCAAUGCUCACCCCUGACAUAGUAAAAUUCAUUGCAUUGGAUGGAGAGCUGAUAACCAUCCACAAGGCGGCCUGGAACAGAAUGUACUUUGCUGGUAUAUACGACCCGAUCAACCAGACCUGGAGGGGCACAGAGAACGAGAUUGCUCUUUGCUGGUCUGGCCCGACAGUUGUCUUGGACGGGACGCUCUACAUGCUUGAUCAGUCCCUUGGCACGAAGCUGAUGAUGUGGAGGAAAGAGACCAAGGAGUGGGUGAUGCUUGGCAGGCUGUCGGAUAAGCUCACGAGGCCCCCAUGUGAGCUUGUGGCCAUUGGCAGGAAGAUCUAUGUGAUCGGGAGAGGGCUGAGCACGGUGACGAUCGAUGUCGAUACGGCCGCCAGGGUUGAUGGGUUCCUGGUGUCUUCCUCCACCGGCCCGCUGAUGGAGCAUGACUGCUCGCCGGAGCAAUGCAGGGUCAUCACCAUCUGAAGUUGCACAUGAUACAUUCUUCAGAGCUGCACACCUGGGUGGGUGCCUGUUGCACAAUCUGACCAAAGAUUUAACUUUUUUCGCUGUUGGCUGUAUAUCGACUUGUCUCGUUUGAUUGGAGAAACGGAGUUGGAUGAUGUAUAUUUGACUUUUAACAAAGAUGGAAGGGUUUAGUUUGUGUAUUCGUUCCCUUGUUAGAAAGUUUAUGAUGAAUUGUCUGUUUGUACUUAUGAAUCUUGUUUGUGAAUAAAAUCCUCAUGCUGGAAGGUUGAGUUUGUGUA